AUGGCAGCUAAUCACAUUGUCUUUGUCCUAACCUUAUUUGCUCUUGUGUUUUCCUCCAUUCCAUUGGCGAUUCUAGCUGAUUCGGGCACGGCAACGUUUUACCAGCAAUACGUUCCUUCGGCAUGCUAUGGAAACCAGCCUCAGGGCACAAUGAUAGCCGCGGCGAGCGACACUUUUUGGGCUGGCGGGGCCGUCUGUGGGAAAAAGUAUCGGGUAACGUGCACCGGCGCUGCCUACGCAGGUAUUCAGAACCCGUGCUUGGGCAGGUCGGUCGUGGUGAAGAUUGUCGACCAUUGCCCGGCCGGGUGCACCGGCUCCAUUGACCUCUCGAAAGAAGCUUUUGCGACCAUCGCGAACCCAGUUGCUGGCAUAGUAAAAGUGACCUAUGAUCGGUAA